UUAAUACAUUUUAAACUUAAGUUACUUAUGUUCGCAAUGGUGGAUUAUUACUAUUUUUCGUAAAUCAUUUAUAUGACAUUGUAACCUCAUGCCCUCACUGUGUUUGCAAAUCAGCUGAUCUAAAUCAAUUGAGGAAGAAACUAGAGCAAAAUGUCACUGGCUAGUACGUUGUACGGAGUACUUUUCAAACGUUCUUCAACGAUGGCACUCACAAUUAUUGGUGGUGCCUUCAUAUUUGAAAGGACUUUUGAUUUGGCAACUGACAAAAUAUUCCGUGCCUACAACAAAGGAAAAUUGUGGGAUGACAUCAAGCACAACUACGAAAAGUAAAUUAUUGAAUAUUAGUUCAAAUGGAUAAACUAUACAUGUUUAUGUAUUUAAUAAAAAUCAUGUUAUUUCUUUUGUAAAAAAGUUCAUUAUAGCUUAUUUAUGAAUCAAGAAGUCAACGUUGUUUACGGUUAACUCAGGACUUUAUUUAUCAAAUAAAUGUUUAUUUGACGGUCA